AAAGACUGCGCGUUGAGAGGGAGGGAGACGGAGGAAAGUCCUGCCCUUUCUGAAAGAUUUCCUGUUUCACCAGGCGAGCAGAAGCCCACAGAUUCCCUCACAGCGACUGUUCACUCCAGCACCAUGAGACGCUCUCCUUUACUCAGGAUCAGACGCUAGAAUCGCCACGCUUUCUGGUCGAACCACGCCAGCCUGGUCGCGUUCACGUUAAUGCGAGGGAUACGGACAGGAUCGCGGUUCUAAUGGAGCAAUAUUGGCUUUCUCUGCUCUGUUGGGGGACCUUUUUGAUCUCUUCGGUUGUCAUGGAUCGGAGCGGAGUCGAUGGGAUGCAUCCUUUAUUUAAUCCAAUUCGGCUUCCCCAACUGUGUAAGUUCUGUGACGUGGAGGCAUCCGACUGUAAAGGAACCGGCACCUGUGAAAGCAACUGCAGCAUCACAGCCAUCUGUGCCAAUGUCGACGAAAUCUGUGUGGCUAUCUGGAGGAUGAGUGAUGACAACAACACGAUCGAGACAUUGUGCCACAAACCCACCGAGCCCCUCUAUGGCAUCAUGGUAGAGAACUACAACAACACCAAGUGUGAAAUGAAAAAGAGGAUGUCCAACACGGGCCCAUUCCACAUCUGCUCCUGCAACGCCGAGGAGUGCAACGACAUGCUGAUGUUCACAUUCCCUAUUGGUCCAGACCCCACAAAUAACCAAGUGGUGUUGGUGAUUCUGGUCAGUUUACUGCCCCUCCUGGUACUAGCUGUGCUGGUCAUCGCCUCCUUCUACUGGUAUCGCAUGUACCGUCGCCGAAAACUGGAUGAGUGGGAGACCAAGAAGCCGUCCAAACGCAAGGGUCCCAAAGGCCCGCUGGACUGUAGCGACGCUUGCGCCAUCAUGAUGGACGACGACCGCUCCGACAGCAGCUCCACACACGCCAACAACCUCAACCACAACACAGAACCUCUGCCCAUCGAGCUGGACCUUCAGGUGGGCAAGGGCCGCUUCGCCGAGGUGUACAAAGCCAAGCUGAGACAAAGCCCUUCUGAGCAGUUCGAGACGGUGGCGGUGAAGAUCUUCCCCUACGAAGAGUACGCGUCCUGGAAGAACGAAAAGGACAUCUUCUCAGACAUCGAUCUGAAGCACGAGAACAUCCUGCACUUCCUGACGGCCGAGGAGAGGAAAGUGGAGAAGCAGUACUGGCUGAUCACGGCCUAUCAUCCACGCGGGAACCUGCAGGAGUACCUCACUCGACACCUCAUCAGCUGGGAGGACCUGCGGCUGCUCGGGGGCUCGCUGGCCCGGGGGGUGGCUCAUUUGCAUAGCGACCACACCCCUUGCGGGCGGCCCAAAGUGCCCAUCGUCCACCGAGAUCUGAAGAGCUCUAACAUCCUGGUGAAGAAUGACCUCACUUGUUGCCUCUGUGACUUUGGACUUGGCCUCCGCCUUGACAACUCUCUGUCAGUGGAUGACUUGGCCAACAGUGGACAGGUGGGUACAGCCAGGUACAUGGCUCCAGAAGUGCUCGAAUCAAGGAUCAACCUUGAGAACAUCGAGUCAUUCAAGCAAACCGAUGUCUACUCCAUGGCCCUGGUACUGUGGGAGAUCACGUCCAGGUGUAACGCCAUCGGAGAGGUUAAGGAUUACGAACCUCCAUUUGGCUCGAAAGUCCGAGAGCACCCCUGUGUGGAGAGCAUGAAAGAUAAUGUGCUGAGAGACCGAGGAAGACCAGACAUCCCCAGCAGCUGGAUGAAACACCAGGGUGUAUCUGCAGUCUGUUCCACCAUCAACGAGUGCUGGGAUCACGAUCCUGAGGCCCGGCUCACGGCGCAGUGUGUGGCCGAACGCUUCAGCGAGAUGGACGACGACCUAGACAAGCUGUCCACCUGCAGCAGCUCCGAGGAGAAGAUUCCAGAAGAUUGCUCCGUGAGCGUGAGCGAUGACAAAUGAGAGAGAGAGAGAGAAAGGUCAAUCUUACUCGCACUCUCUCUCUCUCUCUCUCUCUCUCUCUCUCUCUGCAGAAACUGAAUGUUUGGAUCCUUCGAGCGGAGGUGGAGGAAUAUGGCCUUUUCAUAAAGCUUUAUGUUUCAUAACCAAAGAUUUCAUGCACUUUAUCAGAUUAUGCAUAGCUCACACUGAGGAAGGUCAGGCUACCGAGCAAGAGGAGCUGGACGGACGCUGGUUUUCUCCUCCUGAAAGCUGACCGAGAGCCAAAUGUAAUCAGGAAUAUGUUUUGCCUCGACACUAAAGAUUCAUAUAGGAGAUUGUAAGACUUUCUACAGAUCACUUCAGGAUUUUCUGGACUUAUGAAAGAAUGUUUUGGGUAAGAGAUUUGCGUGUGUGUGUGUAUGUAUGUGUGUGUGUGUGUGUCUUUGAAGUUGCUUUAAGCGGGAAAUAUGUAUUGUGCUUGUUAGCCAAAGAAAAAAGUAUAUUGUAAAUACAGCUUUCGAUAUAAAAAUCAACCCACACUAUUGAGAGAGCCAAAAAAAAGGGAAGAGUAUAUGCUGCACAUACCAAAAAAUGUGUUAAACGAACAGUAUUUUUUUAAGUGCCCCUAUUAUGGGUUAUGAAAGGUUUAUAUUUUGGUUUUGGGAGUCCGUAAAAACAGGUUGGCAUGCAUGCAAGGUAAAAAAAAACACUUUAAUGUUCUUAAAAUGUGCAUUUAUUUUUACCUUAUUUUUCCAGCGACUCCCAAACGAUUCAUUCAGCGCUCCGGUGAUUGGUCGAUUUCAUUUAAAGCAGCGUUUGUGAGCUGUUAACGCUCUAAAAGCGACACCUAGUGGCAAGGAAUGAAUCUGCAUUUUCAUUCGGGAAGACCAACAAGUGUCCCGCCGCCGACAUGAAACGGCUUGAGUUUCAUUUGAAUGAUUUAGAGGCGACUCUUUCUUUUGAGAGAUAGCCUAAUAACUUCAUACACAGUGCACUUUCAGGUUUAAAACCUUUCAGGAUGUUUUCGUUCCCUUAGAGCUGUGUUACACACCGCAUGAAAGGUCUUUUUCAAAAAUCCAUAAUAGGGACACUUUAAGUUCACAAAGUGCCUCAUGUUCACAUAUCCUGGAUAUUAAAUUGUGCCUCUCUUUUACUACUUUUUUAUGUAAUAUAUUGUAAAUCUUUGAUGAUUAAAAUACAUUUAUGUACAGUA